CAAGGAGUAGCAUACUGCCGCCGUCCGUCGCACUCAAAGUUCGCCAUCCGUCCGUCUAUCUAACUGUCCUCUUGCUCCAAGUCUUCAACCCCUGUUCGCUGUCACCGAUCGCGGCUACUUCCUCGAGCUCGGCGUCCGUCGUCUUUGUCUGCUCACCCGCGCUUCCGUCGCCGUUUAUUUGCCGUUCACGUUCGCAUCUUCGUUCAGCUGUCGUCUUCGUUCGCGUUCUUUGCCGUUCACGUUCGCUCGGCGUUCAUCGUUCGCGUUCACUCGCCGUUCACCAUUCGAGUUCGCAUUCGUGUUCGUCUGGAAGCCACGUUGCUCUGCUUCAAACUCUGCGACCAACCCGCGGGCUCCACCUAGCCGUCGAACUGCUCUCUUUUGUCGCUGCCGUAAGUUCCCUAAACCUGCCACCAGACAAUACACUCACACAACACCAAUACUCUGCUUCAAACUCUGCAACUUCUGAUUUCUAUUACAAUAAGUAACUAUUUGAUUUGGUAGUGAUAUGGAUUUUUUUUCUGAAUUGAAGUUACAAUGGCUAUGUUCUCUUCUCUAUCACAUUGAUAUUAAGCUUUGAAUUCUCUUAUUUCGUUUUAAUUUUACGGCACUCAACAUGUUUGAUGAAAUGCUUUAACCAUAUUUCUGGUUGGUUUUAUAAUUUCUAGCUUUUAGAAACUUAGUAAGUUGAUUGCAUGUGAAAUUAGAAUAAUUGGAUCUUAGUAAUUAGGAAAUUUUAGCUGCACAAAUAGCAUCUUUGCAGAAAACAUAUUAGCAUGAUGAUUCCACUUGCAUUAGUGUUCUUCUGGUAAAUUUUAACUGUAAUUGUGAACUUGUUAAUUUGCUAAUUGUUCUUGUGUUGUUGUUUGUUGUUCUUCUAUUACUUCUAAUUUAUUUUUGUUUUUGCUGUGAUUUUCUGUUCUUGAACUUGUUAAGUUGAUCAUUUGCUAAAUUCUUGGGCUGCCGUUGUUUUAAUUUGCUAAAUUGCUAGGUUGCUGCGAUUUAAUUUGUUAAAUUCGUUGCUGUAACUUGAAUUUGUUGCUGAAUUUGUUGCUUCCCAGUCACAGAAUCAGAACAGAAUGCUCAGUCAGAGCUUGAUUGAUUGCCUUUGCUCACUGAUUGUAUUUGAUGAUAAAUUUUAAAUUGAUAACUUUUAAAUUUUAAAUUUGCACUGCCUAUAUUACUGAUUCACUGUUCCUUCAGUGCUUUUUGUUGUUGUUAAUCAUUGUGACGAGCUUUGUUAAAAUUUGCACUGCCUAUAUUACUGAUUCACUGUUCCUUCAGUGCUUUUUGUUGUUGUUAAUCAUUGUGAUGAGCUUUGUUAAAAUUUGCACUGCCUAUGUUACUGAUUCACGGAUUCAUCCCUCUCGUCGUCAUCAUCGGCAUGAACUCCGAACCAAAACCCCAACUCUCUGGAUAAAAUUUCAACGAAAGCUGAUUGGGACUUUUCUUCUACUUAAGGAAUGAAUCAGAAUGAUGAGGCCAAGUUGUGAAUACACAAGUGUCAACGGACUAUAAUAUAUAUUGAGUUUGUGACAUUAGAAGGGUGUAAUAAUAACAAUAAUGGAGUCAUGUUAUUUGAAUAUUGAGGUUUAACAUUUAAACUCUCAGCUUCUCAACCCUGUUUGAUUCUUCAUAUCAGGCAAUUGAAUCGAAUCAACCAGGCCUUCUUCUUUUUCUUUUAGUUGAUUCUUAAUUUUUCUAAUAUAUGUAACUUUCUGAAUCAAGUGGAUCAGAUUAUGUAGUUUUUUUUUUAUUUGGGAUAUUUUUGGAGACGCAUUAGAAGAGCUAUUUUGUUAUUAUGUUUGCUAUAAUAAUAUUCACAUGUUGUGUAUGCUUGUGAUUGUUCUGUGUUUACAUUUUCUUUCCAAGUCACUUGCUGUGGUUGUUCUUUGAGUUAAGACUUUGUAUUUGUGUGUGUGAGAAUGUGUGAUAAUGUUGAAUGAUGUUGCAUCUAGUAGGAGUUCUUGGAGUACCCUUAUCUUUGGUCCUUUAUAAUUUAUUAUUUUAUUUUAAAACGAUUUUUUUGGUUGGACCGGUUGAACUAAUGAACCAGUAAUUAAAGCGGUUUGAUGACCAGUCCAGUUUUCAGAACCUUAAGUAGCCUUGCAAAUCUCUGGAGGAAACAUGCUUCUGUAUAUUCCAAAUUCUAUGUUCAUGCAAUGAAUUUGUGUUUCGUUUGGUCUUGGGCCAUGCAUUAUUAUACAACAAGUGCUUUAAUGGGCCAUAAUGACCCAAUACUUGCCCAUCAGACAAGCCCAAUAACCCACAAUCUGAAAAAAACUUCACUGAAACCUUUGUCGCUGCUGAAUUGGGUUUCGUUACAGCUGGCUUCAGUAGGAGUUCUUCGUUGCCACCGUCUGCUCCGCCGCAAGAUAUCAAAGCGUCCAAGUCACCACUUCAGUCUCAAUGUUCUAUCUUAGCAAGAUUGAACACACAUUGCCAUUGCCUGCUCCUCAGCUAAGUCGUCCAAUUCGAGAAGCUAUACACACUGAACUUGAGAAGCUUUUCUUGGAUAAGGUUAUUGCAAACUUGGGCCUCUGCGUAUCUGUCUAUGAUAUAAAAUCCAUUGAGGGUGGAUUUAUUUACCCCGGAGAUGGUGCUCCAACUUAUACGGUAGUGUUCAAUUUGAUUAUGUUUCGUCCAUUUGUUGGGGAGAUUAUGACUGCAAAGCUUCUUUCGUCUGAUGCUGAUGGCUUAAGAUUAUCACUUGGAUUCUUUGAUGACAUUUAUGUUCCCCUACAGCACCUACCCAGCCCAAAUGAGUUUAAGGCUGAAUCAAAAAAUAGCACAAAAGGAACAUGGUAUUGGAAAUAUGAGGAGCAGUCAUAUCCUGUUGAUGAUAGCGAUAUGAUCAAGUUCCGCAUUCAAAAUGUGACUUAUCCUUCAAUCCCAGUUGAACAACCAAAAGAGUCAAAGCCUUUUGCCCCUAUGCUGGUCACUAUUUUUGAAAAGGUGACUUAUGGCGGCAUCUAUUUUGUAGGGAUCAAUAGAUCAUGACGGACUGGGCCCUGUUUCUUGGUGGCCUGGGCAAGAAGAGGAUGCGGAAGAGGAGGAGGAGGAGACAGCGGCAGAGGAGUAAAUGUGACUAUUUUGUUUAAUCUUCAAUACUAGGCUUAUAUAAGAAACAGGUAGUUGAUAGGACCUUAGAUUCAUUCUUGGAUGAUUGCAACUCAACAACACUAAAUAUUCUUAUUUGUUCAAUUCCUUCUGAUAUGUAAUUUUUCUUUUGGGUGUCUGAUAUGUAAAUUAUUUCAUGAAACCAUUGUUUGCCCGUUUAUUUUUUACCUGAAUUACUUUUCACAUGCAAGAAGAGGAAAGUGUUUAUUGAGUUUAUUCAUAUCCUUCAUACGUGAACGAAACUAGUUCCAAUUGAACUUUUGA